GCGCUCUUUCUGCAGCGCAAGCAAAUGUUUAUCGCCGUCUCGCUGCCUCUGCAAUUGACAAGCCUCGACACGAACAUCCACCGCAGUGCAGGAAAAUCAUUUACUUUAUAAUUCUCCCUAAUUCCCUUGAGGGGCUGGUUAAAAGACACAAUGUCUUCUAUCAAAGUAGAGUGCAUUGUGCAAGAGAACUGCAAGAUUGGAGAAUCGCCUGUAUGGGAGGAAAAGGAAAAUUCCCUUCUCUUUGUAGACAUAACUGGCAAAAAGAUCUAUCGGUGGAAUUCUCUCACUAAAGAAGUGCAAAGUGUUUCUGUGGAUGCCCCAGUGAGCACAGUAUCACUUCGCAAAUCUGGUGAUUACAUUAUUACUCUGGGAACCCAGUUUGCAGCUCUAGACUGGAAAAAGAAGUCCACUACCACCAUUAUUCAUGUGGACAAGGAUAAAUCCAACAACCGAUUCAAUGAUGGGAAAGUGGAUCCUGCAGGAAGACUGUUUGCAGGUACGAUGGCUGAGGAGAUUCGCCCUGCGGUGCUUGAGCGGCACCAGGGCUCACUCUACACUCUCUUCCCCGACCACUCUGUGGUGAAAAAUUUUGACAAGGUGGACAUCUCCAAUGGUUUGGAUUGGUCUCUGGAUCAUAGAACCUUCUUCUACAUCGACAGCCUUUCAUACCACGUUGAUGCCUUUGAUUAUGGCCUGCAAACCGGAAAGCUUUCCAACCGCAGGAACGUGUACAAAUUGGAAAAGGAAGAGUGCAUUCCGGAUGGGAUGUGUAUCGAUACAGAAGGGAAGCUUUGGGUGGCCUGCUAUGAUGGAGGACGGGUAAUCCGUAUAGACCCUGAGACAGGAAAAAGAAUUCAGACGGUGAAGCUGCCUGUUGACAAAACAACUUCUUGUUCUUUUGGUGGAUAUGAUUAUUCAGAAUUAUAUGUCAGUUCAGCUUGUCAAGGAAUGGAUGAGUCAUCUCUCAGACAACAACCCCAGGCGGGUGGCAUUUUCAAGAUUACUGGCCUUGGGGUGAAAGGAAUCCCACCACAUUCAUAUGCAGGUUAAUAAUUACCCUUGAAGAACCAAAUAUCAAAACAAGGAAGGAAGAAAAAGACAAAGAGUUGCAUCGCUGAACAUUUAAUCUGUCUCUUUUUUAGAAGCUACAGAAGGAUGGUAGCCCAACAAAUAAAGUAAGAAACUCCCAAACCAUGAAUUCAGAUUUGAAUUGUGCCCAAUUGGCUUUUUUAUUAUUACUAACUAAACAACAACAACAACAUUUUUCCUUUCUGGUAAAAUCAGUAUUUCUAAUAAAGUUUCAAAUAUAUGAA